CGCCAACCCGCCGAAUGACAAACAGCGAUAACGCGGGUUAUCCGUGCCGCUCCGCCAAGCGGUUAGUCCGCUCCGAUCGCGCCACUCGCGCCUAGAAAACAAUCACCUUCGCGGGUAUCGUUCAGGAAAAUAACGUUAACUCGCGAGGAAACUGUGCCUGUGUGUAUGUAAGAAAGAGAGAGAGAAUAAAAACCGUGCAGUAUGGCACCAAAGAUAGUCAUUGUCGGUUCGUGCAUGAUCGACUUUACCUGUUUCUCUCCACGGUUGCCCAAACCCGGCGAGACGGUAGUCGGGACUAGAUUUGAAAAGAAAUACGGCGGUAAAGGCGCCAACCAGUGCGUGGCAGCUGCUAAACUCGGCGGAUCCACAGCACUUAUUGCUUCAUUAGGCUCCGACACGUUUGCUCAAGAAUACUUAGAGAUUUUAAGGAGGGAAAAUGUAGACGCGUCCCGCGUGAGGAUUCAAAGCGAUAAGCACAGCGGUGUCGCUCACAUUACCGUCGCCGAAAGUGGUGAGAACAGCAUCGUUAUCGUGUUAGGCGCAAACGAAUCGUUGACUCCGGAGCACGUGGAUUCCGCCGUUGACGUGAUCAAAAGCGCGAGCGUUUUAUUAUGCCAGUUCGAGGUGCCGCUGAAAGCCACGUUGCGUGCGUUGCAGCUACACCGAGGCCAUGGACUUUCCAUUGUCAAUGGGGCGCCCGCGCUGGAGGAUCCUGACCCGAACAUUCUCCGAUUAUGCGACAUUUUCUGCGUCAACGAGACGGAGGCGGAAGUUAUGACGGGCGUUGAGGCCGUGAACCUGACGAACGUACAGCAGGUCGCGGACGAGUUCCUGGCUAAGGGAUGCAACGCGAUCAUCAUUACUCUCGGACCGCUCGGAGCUGCGUACGCGUCGAAGACGAACAGAAACAUCGUGCGGAUUUGCACUACCGAGGUUCACCCUGUAGAUACUACCGGUGCUGGGGAUGCAUUCUUAGGCGCGCUCGCAUAUUUCAAGGCGUACCAUCCGGAGCUGCCGAUGGACGAGUGCAUCAGAAGAGCUUGCGCGGUCGCCACGAGAUCCGUCCUUAAAUUCGGCACACACGCGAGCUUCCCAACGAGAAACGAUCUGCCGGAGGAUUUAUUUAUAUAAACAAAAAGGCAGUUACCUCCAAGUGUGUUAUUUACAGAUCUGAUAUUUUAUCUCCCCCGUUAUAUACACAUGUCUGAAAUCUGGUUUGUGAAAUCUUUUCAAAUUGAAUAUUUGUAGAAUAAAAGUAAAUACCAAGAGAA